AAUUGUCAGCCGAUGGCUGGACGGGUGGGUUUGUGGGAAACAGACCCGGCUCUAGUGCAAACUCCAGGCCGGGAAUUCAGGAGCCGCCAAUAUGAAUCUUGAGGGACUCCUGUGCUCCAAAUCGCAGUGCAGAUUUGCCUGGGUCUUUCUCAAGAAGCUGUGGAAAGUGCUGAUGCUUCUCCUGAGUGUGGUGCUCAGUGUGCGAGUUGUCCAGUACUGCGGGAGGAUGAUGCCUGACGUUCCCUUUGAGAAGGACAUCAACAUUUGCAGGAAGCGCUUUGCAUGGAGAAAGCCCAUUCUUGGCAGGUUCGAGCCUGACUGGAAACCUUUCCUGACCAGCAAGGAGUUAUUCUGGCAGGAGGACACCCCUGCCAGGAGACAACUAAACGACCUUCUCCACUUCCACAGGCUUCCCUUCGGACUGAAUAGCUCGGUUCUCCAUGCGUUCCACACGUUACAGCUCCUCCCGCAGCAUGGGAUGCCAAAAUCCAUUGAGCGUCUUCGGUGCCGAAGGUGCGUCGUGGUCGGCAACAGUAACUCCAUUCGUGGACGAGGCCUCGGGGCAGUGAUUGACUCGCACAACAUUGUCAUCAGGUUAAACAAUGCUCCCGUGAAAGAGCACGAGGAAGAUGUGGGUGAGAAAACCAGCAUCCGGCUCUUCUUCCCCGAGUCUGCGCUGCCCAACCCUCUGGAUAACAACGACAGUGAAACGCUGAUGGUGCUCAUUGCGUUCAAGAGCCUGGAUUUUACCUGGGUGAAGGAGAUGCUGCUGCAGACAAGGAAUAAGACCGUAGAGGGGUUUUGGCGCAGGCCGCCCAGUGAAUGGAAGUGGAAUGCCUCUCACCUGCGGAUUCUGCACCCUUACGUCACCUACGAAGCAACAUACAAAUUGCUUCAGCUGAAGAAGACGGGCGGGAAAUAUUCCACCACUGGAAUCAUCGCUUUGAACUUAGCUCUCCAUAUCUGCCACGAGGUUAACAUCAUAGGAUUUGGGUACCCUGACAAGGAUGACAAUACCACGCCAGUACACUACUAUGACACGGAGCAUCUGAGCCAGGGCCUGUUUAUGACGCACAACAUCAGCGCGGAGCAGGCGUGGCUGCUGAAAAUGAUGGAGCGGGGGAUGAUUUCCAACUUGAUGCGCCCUUCCUCCUGGUCCUGGGGCCCCUGAGUGGGGGCGACGCUGUGCGAUGUUCCAGGAGCUGUUGUUCCAUGCACCAGUGUUGGGCCACCGUUGGCCUUUAUUCUUUGUUGUUGUUCUGAACUGUAUCGGACAGGGCAGGCGUUAUCCUGUUCUGUACCUGGUGGGCAAUAAGCCAUGGUCCUUCGGUGUUUGACUGCAGGGCCUUUGCCUUGAUGGCCU